GGGGAAUUUCAAUUUUUAAUGUUGGUCGAGGACUGUCAUAUUUUAUCACGGAUUUAAAUAAAUAUGGAGGCUGUAUCUUUUGAAUGUAAUGAUUAGAAAAGGAGAGAUGAGUUUGUUUUAAAUGGGAGAAAUGAGAUGAGUAUAGUUUGUUUGUAUUAUGUAAAUAGUUGUUGAGAACACAAAAUGAAUAAAAAGCACCUCUUCGUAGAAUAUUUAAGCAACGUAAAUACCGUAAUAAAGCAACCACUACAACAAACGCAACGAAUUAAGUUCACUUCGUUGGAUGUAUCCCAAAAUUAUAUUGUGUUUGGUGCCACAAGCGGUGGUAUUUAUAUUUUUAAUCGAUACCCUAGUAAAUUUAUUAAAUUACUUCCAAAUAAGGAAGGAAGCAUUACAAACAUUUCCGUAUCUUUAGAUGAAUGUGCAGUGGCAAUAACUACCGUAAAAGGCCUUAUUGUUAUCAUACAAAACUGUUUUUUAGAUAAUGGGCUAAAAUAUCAAAUUUAUAAGGAACAUGAGGGAAAAAAUAUUACUGCUAUAAAAUGGCAAGUUAAUGAAUUGUAUGUUGGGGAUGAUUUUGGGAAAAUAACUGUGAUAUCAUUACCUUCUAAAACAUCAAAAUCUUUAUUUAACAUUCCAAGUGCAACUUUAAUGACUUUAGACUCAUCUGUAGUACAGUUAGAUACAUUUUCUAAUUAUUUACUAGCUUCAACAAGAACAAAGACUUAUUUAUGCGAUACUGAUAAAGAACAAUACAGACAAAUUGGAAAAAAACCCCGUGAUGGUCAUUAUGGUGCUAUUUUUCAUCUUAAUAAAAAUUCCUUCAACCAGGAUGAUGUUAAAAUUUAUUGUGCAAGACCUGGUUGUAGAAUUUGGGAAGCUAAAUUUGAUGGCUCUGUAACUUGUACUCACCAAUUUAAAGAAUCUCUUAAUAAUAACACUUCAAGUAUUAUUCAUGUCAAUAAUAAAGAAAAUUUAAUGCUAAAUGUAUCAAAGUCUAAAAGUAAUCCAACAGGAUUUAAUUUUGGAAAAAUUUUUGUGAUUUCCAAUUUAAUUUUAUCAUUCCAAGAGGAUAGUAUUUACAUUUUUGAUAUGAACACUGUAAAAUUAUUAUUUUGGACGAACUAUUUCAAUGGCAUAAAAGAUGUAAAAAUUUUAGAUAAUUCACUUUACAUUUGGUGUGGUAAACAUUACUUAAGAACGCUUUAUUUAACUGAUAUUGAGGAUUUUGUUCAUAUCACUUUAUCAAAGAGACAAUAUCGAUUGUGUUCUGAAUUUUGUUCAAAUCAUACAAGUGAUAUUUUGAGAUUAAUAAGUGAUGGGAAAUUAGAUAAAUUAAAAGUUUUAAAAGAAAAAGUCGUCGAUGAUUCUUUAUUAGAUGGGUUAAAAGAGAUUUUAAGUAAUUUAAGAGAUGAUAAAAUUAAUCAUACUUCCCAAAAAUUAAAAAAUGGUAUUUAUGUAGUUAAUUCUAAACCACAAGAUGAGCUAAAAUCUAAUUACGCCGUUAUUAUAUCAGAAAACGAUGAAAAAAAAGUUAAUGGAGAAGAUAAAUCAUCAAUUGAGAUUUUAUAUAGCCAAUAUCAAAUAAAUAAAAUAAACAAUUCCGUUGAUACACCAAAAUAUUUAUCGUUAAUUUAUGAUUUAAAUAAUUUCAUUAAAUUAUAUGAACCAUUUAUAAAUUACAUGGUUUUAGAGAAAAACGAAAAUGAAUUUGAAUUAAAACAUUGGUUCUUUAAUUCCACACUAAAAUACAUGUCAAAUAAUUACACAACAAAAGUUUUUGAAAAUCUCCAACACAAAGACGUUUUAGAAUUCGUAAAAAACGCUUUUAUUGAAAUCAAUAAAUCUGAAGAUAAACAUUCCUGUUCAUGUUCUUACCCACUUCCAACAGCAAAAAGCUCUCAAUGCCACUACUUUAAUGUAGGCUGUGAAAUUUUAAAUAAUUACUCAGAUAAUUUAUCAAAACAAAAAGAGAUUUUAAUAAACGUUCCAUAUAUGUUUAAAUACUUAUUAAGCAAAAGCGAAGAAUUUAAUUUAUCUUUAAUAAUCCAAUACGGAGAUAUACAAAUACUUUUAAAUUUCUUAAAAGAAUUUACUUACGAUACGUGGGAUGAAGCGUGUAAGUUAUUUAUCAAACUAAAAAGUAAUCUUUGUUUAAAUUGUGAUUCAAAAAUACCCGACUUUAAUCGCACCGAUUUAAAUUGGACUCAUCUCGGCCGGAUUAUGUUAAAAUCGUUAAACGCGACGAGUACUAUUAAUUUAUUAACACGUUAUUCGUUACAAAUCGAAUCGGGGGAAUUAAAUGAAAAUUUUUAUCAAACUUGCAUUUUAACAUCAUGUCUGCAAAGUAACGGGAGUAUUCUUAAAGAUAAAACGGAAAAAUUAAUUGAAAAAAUUAAAGAAGAUAAAAUUGGUGAUAUCGUUGGAACGUUUUUAUCUAAAAAAAAUUUGGGUGGGUUUAUGUCGAAUGGACUUGGAAGUUCACAAUAUUGUACGAUCUGUGAUGUACCAAAAAUGCCUAUUUUAGAUGAAUUUAUUAGAUUAAAAUGUGGUCAUUGGUGCCAUAAGAUUUGUUCUUUAGAUAUGAAUAAAUGUAAACGAUGUGAUCAAUUGUAAAGGGAAAAAAAUUAAAUAAUAUUUUAAAGAAAUUAUUAUACAAGAUUUGGAUACGAGCAGGUAUAAGGUAUUUUUUGAUAAUUUUUAUUUUUUAAUAUACAUAACUGAUCCUUUUUUUGUAUUGGUACUAUUAAGAUCUGAAAUGAAUCUGAUACAAAAUCAUCAUUUUGUUUUCUCUACCAAUUUUGGCUUUGUAUUCGGCCAGGAUGAGGAGAUAUAUGUAUCAAACAAGACGAAUUAUUUUGUUCUACCUACAGUGUUUAUUAGCGCUUAUAUAUUUUUUCUUACUACUCCAACCAAACUUACUAAAAUAAUGUCAUAAUGUGAAUAGGCUGCCAUUUUACGCCUGAUUUUACUGUCUGAUAUCAAUCAAAUGCACCCUUCUGAGUUGAUGUACAUUUGUGGUUGCCUUAGAGCAUUUUGAAAUGUUGCGCGCAAACAUUGAUUUCUUCCUCAAUGUUGACUCUCAUGACUUGCAAGGUUUGUACAAAACUUGCAAGGUUCAAAACUCAAAACUGAAGAUCACACAGCCUGGAAAUUAGUGCUACAAAAUGUCCAUCGUUGCCCAAAUUAUGUAGGAACUUUGGAACCAACAUUGCACAAGACCCGGCUUGCGGCAAAUACGUCUGUAGCGUUCAAAAGAAUAAGGCCAAAAUCGUACCAAACAGUUAUUUUGAUGCAUUUCGUCAUACACAAAACUAUUCGUGUAUGUAUUUCAUAUGGGAUAUAGGAAUCAUGACUUAAUUAGUCUACAACUUGAUGACCAGUUUUAGGUUAAUACAAUUUUGAUCACUGAGCCUCGGACGCAAAAGAUCUCGGCUUAAUUACUCAAAAAAAUUAUAAGUACCUACACUUGAUAAAGGCUACUCAUGGCCGACUGUACAAUAUGAUGACCUGUUUCAGGCUGAUAUAAUCACUGCGCCUCGGCCGCAAGCAACUUUGGCUUAAUUCAAAACAUCUACAUCUUCACCUGAUACGUAUUUUUGAAAAGCUGUAAUAUUACGAUGUAUGUACUAAGUUUUUGGCGAUGAUCUACGAAAGUCGAUGUCACGAGUUCGCUUAGAGAUGGAAAAUUCUCGAGAAAAAAAAAAUAGAAUAUUCUGGAUUUUGAAAAUUUUCUGAGAAUAAGCUUUUAAAUACAAAUACAACUCAGCAAAUUCAGUCUGACGGCUAUAACGUGGCAUGGUUCAUAUUUAUGGGAUUAAUUACUAUGGAGGACUUAUUUAUGAUGUUUAGAAUAUAUUUGGCGUAAAAAAAUAAUUUAUUCUUUGAAAAAAAAAAACAAAAACCAGUAUGAGAGAAGCAAAAUUAAACAAUUAUUAGUUCGAAUCUAAUGAAUUUUCAGACAGCUCUGGCAAAGUUUCCAAAUCACUAUAUUCAAUCACUUCUAUAUCAGAAAGGUCUUCAUUGCCUUCAUUAACCUCCACAUUGGUGGCAGAACCUAAUAAUUUUAAAUUAUGAGCAAUGAAAGUUAUUUUGCCAGCUUGUUCGGCUGUAAGCCUAUUUCUUUUCGCAGUGUGAAUAAAGCUGUAGGUGCUGAAACUUCUUUCUGUUGCUGCACUCAAAACAAGUCUCAUUCCACCAUACAACGGGAUGUAGUUUUUCCACGGAUUUUAAAACAUGGUUUUCCAAAUAACCGUUCUUUAGAUCGAUAAAGGGCCAAUUUUGCCAUUACCUCUGCAGACUCAUCUGGACUUGUUACAGUAGCCAUAUUGUCUAUAAACUCUGUUCCUUGUAUUUGUUCUUCUCUAUUAAGAUGAAUUCCAUUAAAAUUUGGAUCUAGAAAUAUUUGCAGCAAGAUGGAUUGGAUUUAUUGCCAUUGGCUUUCUCUUAACUAAAAAGUUUUUUACUUCCGAUUCCUCUUGAUUAAGCAAAGGGCUUGAGGAAAGAUCUGUUCCAAAGUAACUUCCCAACUCAUAAAAGCAUUCAGCUACUUGACUUAACCUUGGUUUAUCUCCUUGCAGUUGGGUUAUGUAUUUAAGAAUAGGGUUUAUUAAGUGAUGAAAGUUUGAAACUUUCACCCAAAAAAUAUCCUCAUCCAAUAUCAACUUUGCAACUCGUUUACUGAGUAUAUCUUCAACUGUUUCACAAACUGCUGAGGUUUUUAAUACAUAUUUUGUAUCAAAAAGACUUUCUAAACUAUGAAUAAUUGAUCGCCAUCGUGUUUUUACAGGUAAUUUUAAGGAAAUCGCUGCUUUGGUGUCAUUUCAUUCAGUUUGCAUUUUUUAAGUAGCCAAUAAAAUGUGAGAAUUGUUAAUUUCUUUGAUGUCAGUCUUAACAUCUUCCAUAAUAGUUUUCAUUUUUGAAAUGUCUCCAAUUAACAAAUUUAGCGUAUAAGCAAUGCAUCUAUAAACAGAAAUAUCUUUGUACUUUUCAUGAAGUAUAUUUCUUGCUGUAACCAUUGCACUGCUAUUUUCAGUUACUAUAGCAAAGAAUUUUUCAGUACCAACUUCUCUCAAAUCUUCAUCGAUUUUUCAGCAAUAUAUUCUGCGGUAUGUUGACAAAUAUUUGUUGGCAAAGUUUUAUAAAAGCAGGGUUUGGUGUAGUAAUAAUAAAGUUAAGUAUGGAUUCGUUCCUUUGGUUGCUCCAACCAUCACACUGUAAGCUAAGAGCAUUCGCUUCUCCAAUUUUCAUUUUAAUGUCUGCAUCAACUUUUUCAUACUCGGAGUCCAGUAAUUUAUUUGAUAAUAAAUAACGUGUAGGCAUUUAGAUGGUCUCAAAUGUUUGAAAAAUGAUUAUUUUCAACAAUGGCAAAUGGAGUACCUGUAGCAUAAACAGCCCUAACUAAUAGUUGAUCUAGCUCCUCUUUUUCAACUUUUGAUGAAAUAUCAAUAAAACCAUCGAGUGUGAAACUCGAUGAGGGUCUGUUAACUUCUGAUUAUGAUGAUGCUGUAUCAUUCAACCAUUUCAUCGUCAUGUAAAACUAAAAUUUAAGAAAAUAAUUUCCUAAACCGCCCGAGUUUUAUCAGGACCGACAGAGCAUGAUGCACGAUGAGAAAAUUACCUCGGAGAAUUUUCUAGUGGAGAAUAUUUUCAACAAUUUACUAUCCCACUCCUCCUUCUGCGCAACUGACCGGCCAAGAUAGAUUUGGCAAGCUGUACCUGUAUAGUAAGAAAUGGACUUUCUCGCUCAUUAAGAUUUUGUAUACAAAAUUAUUGUCUUCUUACUCUAGAUUUGAGUUCUUCAUUGUUCGUUGUUAAUUAUAUAUUUGGUCUCAUUUGCAAAAAUUAUGAUACAUUCACAUUAUGACAUUACUACCUAGUACUAUUAUUUCCACAUGUCAUGUGCCAUAGACAGAGAUAUAAAAGGUGUGACUUUAUGUCUAUGAUGGUGCAUGACCUGCAUUUGGAGUCCAAAUUAUGGCUUUUUCAGCUUUUUCGCCGUUUGUAUGUUUUCAACUGCUUUCUGUUUGUUAUUUUCUUUAUUACGGUCCUUUGUAUUUUUCUGACCAUUUUUUCAACUCUCUUCUCCUCCAUUGGUAUUGAUUAUACAUGUUUUCUACACUAUUUUUUCCUUUUUUGUGUUUACGACCCACACAUUUUCUAAAAUUUUCAUAGGCUAUUCCUCAUCCUAUUUCUUCGUCGUAUUGAUGUAGUUUUAUCAGCUAUUUGUUCAUGCUUUUAGCUUAUAUCGUUAGCUAAUAUCGAGUUUCAAAAUUUAUUGAGCUACAUUUUAAAGCUGCAUUCGAGUAACUGCUUUAACUAUAAUACCAAACCUUUUGUCUUCUCGUAUCCAAUGAAUCGAUAUUUUUUAAACAUGUGUUAGAAAUGAAAUUAGAAACUUAGAAAAAUGUUAAUUACGCUUUUAUUUAUGUCUGUGUGAAAAUAAAACAGGAAAAGUGAGAAUCGAA